AUGUAUUUAUUAAAUAUUAGCCAUUCUUCUUCAAUUUUUCUACUUCUUUUAUUUAUUUUAAUAUGUUAUCCAUUAAAUACAAUUCAAAAAAGAUUUUUAGAAGAAACAAUUACAGCUCCAACAAAAUUAUUGUCGAAUGAACAAGAAGAAACUAAAACUGUGGUAGUUUUGGGGGGUGAUAGUAGUGAAGAAGAAGGAGAAGAUCAACAACCAAAAUGGCAAUUUGAAGAAGAAAAUGAGCAAAUUAAAGAAUAUAAUAAUCCGAUUAAAGUGAAUAGCGUAUAA